AUGGCCGAACACGGUGGGACUCCGACUCCGUCUGAUGAAGAACAAGUAUGGAGCUGGGGCGCAGGUACGGACGGCCAGUUGGGGACGGCCAAGCUCCAAGACGAGCAUCUCCCCAAGCUUCUCUCGCUGACGUCACUUCCUUCCAUAUCAAUGCUCGCUUGUGGCGGCGCUCACGUCAUCGCCUUGACUUCUGGUGGUAAGGUCAUGACAUGGGGAAGAGGAAACGCUGGUCAAUUAGGACAUGGGGACAUCCUCAACACUUGUUUGCCAAAACUAGUAUCUUUCUUUGACGAUUAUGUUAUAACUCAAGCCACAGCUGGAUGGAGUCACUCUGGUUUUGUUUCGGAGUCAGGUCGCCUUUUUACAUGUGGGAAUGGCUCAUUUGGUCAGCUUGGUCACGGUGAUAACAUGUCACUAACCACUCCAGCUAAAGUCUCUUACUUUGUCAAUAACAGUGUGAAGAUGGUAGCUUGUGGUAUGCGCCACUCACUUGUCUUGCUCACAGGGAAUCAAGUGUAUGGAUUUGGCUCUGAUAAACGCGGACAGCUAGGUGUCUCAUCAGACAGAACAAAAUCAGUAAAUCUUCCAUGUGUUAUCUCUGGAUUUGAAGAUGUUGAGCUAAUGGACAGUUGUUUAGUUGGGGAAGAGGAUUCUGCGGCGGCCCUGAUAUUCAAACCCCUCAGUGUUUGCCUUCAUCUCUAUCUAUCUUUCAGAGAAGUUGCUUUAGGAUGGAAUCAUGCUUUACUACUAACUGUUGAUGGCGAAGUUUUCAAGCUUGGUAACACCCUUAAUAACGAUUCUGGGGUAGUGGGAUCUCAGCCUGAUGAAGUUCUGACAAGUAAGGAUAGUGAGAUAAAUUCUGGGAAUUUGGAGAAUCUCAAUGAUGAUUGGGAGUUCAAAGAAAAUGAGAUCAUAUAUGCCCAGAAUAAGUUACGGUCUACACGGGCAAAGCUGGCAGUUCUUGAAGGAAAGAUGGCUAUGGCGAGAAUUGACGCACAGAGGAUUGUACGGGAGAAACAGAGAAAAAUAGAUCAUGCUAACAGAGCUUUACGGCUACUACGGACUGCAUCCAUAGUAUGGCCUAAUUCAGCCUCAGAAGUUCUACUAACGGGUUCAUUUGAUGGUUGGUCUACCCAGGUCAGUUCGUAUCAAUAA